CUACAACUACCGUCAUGCAUCACUCCUUCCCCAGCCAAGCUUGGAACUGUGCGAUCUAUCCCGGGACUGACAGCCUCGCCCCUUUUGUCUUGGAGGGGAGGACUACAGUUCCCGGCGUGCCUCGGGCCCCCGCCCUUUGAUGUUUACCCCGCUAUGGCACUUAGGAAGGGGAUUCUCCCCAAGAUGGCGGCUCCUGCUUUAAGGGGUUCGGGAAGUGGAGCCUGCACCCCCACCGGCUCCCUAGAUUAUUGCCUGACCCAGCUGCAGAGAGGGACCGAGCCAGGGCUGGGGAAGGCCUUGUUGGCCCUCAGGACCCAGCACAUCAAGGCAGCAGGAGGCAUUGCCCGUUUCAGGAGCCACGGGGGACUGGCGCCACUUUUGGGGAUCCUCUCCGGCUCCCCGCGAUCGCGCCGCACUUUGGAUCUCGCCCUCAGCAUCCUGGGCAACUGCUGCACCGAAGGAGGCAGCCGCAUCCAAGUGCGCGAACUUGGGGCGAUCCCGCCGUUAGUUACUAUCCUGAAGUCACUUGCUGUGGAAAGUAUCCUGAAUCGGACAGCACGGGCACUCGGCAACUUGGCUAUAGACUCAGAAAAUUGCCAGGCCAUCCAUGAAGCAGGAGCUGUUCCCCAACUAAUCCAGGUCCUCACCACCUCCCAGGACAGUGAAUGCUUGCAGAGCGUGAUCAGGGCCAUUCGCUAUUUGGCUGAUACUCCUGCUCAUCGUCUAGUGCUGGUCCAGCAGGGGGCAGUCCGUCCCAUAGCGGAGCGCCUGACUUCCUCCCUGGAGGACAGGGCCCUGAUUGCAGCCGCGGUGCGUGCCCUCGUGGAGCUCUCAAAGGGCUGCAGUCGUGACUGUGCGGAGCAGUUCAGCUUGGGAGGCGGGAUAGCGCCUCUUGUGGCCUUAGCCAGCCAUGAGAAACAGGUGGUACAGGAAUCGGCCGUUGAGGUCCUGGCCAACCUCUGUCUGCAAGGCAUGGUGAGGCCAGCUAUCGGCAACGCUGGGGGAGUGGAGUUGUUAGUGCGGGAGAUCCAACGCCGGAGGAGAGCCAGAGCGCAUGGGGUCUCCCUCCAUCCGUUGGUGAAAGCUUUGUGCCUCCUGUGCCGCGAGGCGGUUAAUCGGAGCCGGGUGCGUGAGAUCGGAGGACUAGAGUUACUGAUCUCCAUCUUGCGGGAUCGAGGUCAUAGCUAUUCGCAUGCUCGGGUGGUGGUGGCUUUCGUGGCCUUUUUCUAUGACGAGGAAGCCCUGGAGAUGCUGCAGGCCGGAGGACUGGUGCCCUUGCUGGUUGGCAGGCUGGCAGCCCAGAGCCAGUGGGCAGGCCAGGAACAAGUGGAAGAGGAAGAAGAAGAACAGGAAGAUGAGAAAGACGCAGCGUCAUUUGACUUCCCUGCUGAGGGGCGGCGAGGAGAGCAGGCCUUACCAGGAGCAGAGAGUUCCAGCUUUCAGAGCCUCAGAUCCUGGCUUAUCUCAGAAGGUUAUAUUUCCAGUCCAGGAGAUCUUUCUCCCCAAUGGUCUCCUGACACCACCCUUUCUGAGUUGGAGGCCCAAGGAGAGAUUAGUCCCAGGCAAGAACUGCAAGAUGAAUCUCUAGCACAUAGCACAUCUGGGAGGAAAACCCAUUCUAGAGCUGAAUCGCCUGAUUUUUUACAUUCUCCUUUCUUGGAUUUGCCUCUUAGGGGGCAACCUGGCCUUUCAGAGUCUUCAAACUCAGCAACAAAAGGCAGAAUUCUUCCAGAUCACAAACUCAAUCCUGCAGCGGUAUCUUUGUCGACUGAAUCUGAAAACUUCCACCCAGAAUCUGACUUGAAGGUCCCACAUUCAGAGGGGAAUAAAAAGGGAAAAACAGAUGGAGCCAAGAAGCUGCCAAAAGAGCUGGCAAUGUCAGAACUGGCAAAUUUAGAGGAGGUUCUCCCUAGAGAUGAUACCUUGCAGCUGCCUUGUUUAGCCACGUCAGAGGAAAUGCCAAAUUCAGGAAAAAUAGAUGGACGAGCUGAACAGUCCCCUUGGGUUACCUUGGUAGCCGUCCAGAACAACCCUGGGCCCAGUAACUCCAACUCCAUUCCGUUGAUCAUGAUUCCAAGCAAUAGUGACAGAAUCCAGCUGUCACCAGGGCCUGUUGCCAAAUCCCCGAUCAAAAAGGAGGCAUGCUCGGUCCCUCCGAAGCUGAAUGUUCAGGCUCUCCCAACUUCUCCGGAGGAGUACAAGAUGCCUACCUCUUAUUGGAAACGGCGCACCAAGCUCCGCUCCUCCUCGGAGCAAAGCACACCACCACCUCAGGGCUCGUGCCCUGUCCUCGAGGAUUCAUCUCCCUGCCUCUCCUUGACCCUGCCACUCUCUUUUUCUCCCCACGUGGGUGACCCAGACCUCCAUGCUCCAGAAGCACCAGCCCUGCUCCUCCUUUCCCGCUUUUCUCAAGCCGAAGAUCCUAGUCGGAGUCUGGUGACGCCAGACACGCUGCAAGGACUCUUGCGUUACAUCACCGGGAGUCCUUCCCCUUCCUCCCGCUGCCUUCGGCUGCUCCAUCGUCUCACCUGCAAUCCGGCUUGCCUGGAAGCCUUCGUGCGCUCCCACGGGCCCUCACUCAUCAGGGCUUGGUUGAUUCUGGGUGUGUCCCCUGAGCAAGCCGCUACCGCCAUCACUGGGGAAGCUGAGGAAGACGAGACAAGCGAUUUGGGUGAUCCCAGGAGAUUCAAGGAACUUGGAGAGGCGCUACUGAUGAACCUCUGCGUGCAGGCAGAGUCCCCCUUUGGCGUGGGGGUUCUCACUCAUAUGCUGCUGUCGGGCUCUGAAUCGGAACAAGCAGCCUCUGCACUAGCACUGCCCCUCAUCUGCCGAAAAGAUUCUGUUUGUCGGAAGCUGCUGGUGGGCGCCUCUGGCCUGCGGAUCUUGCUAGGCGUCCUGGUGCGGGACCCUGACCCCUAUUUUGUCUUCUAUACCUCCGACGCUCUCUCCCUCCUCCUGAGCUCCCAAGCUCUGUCUCCUGCUUCUGUGUCGUCUCCUGCUUCUGUGUCAUCUCCUGCCUUGAAACGGCCUCGCCUGGAUUCUCCACAGCUUUGCCCUUACUCUCGCAUCAUGGAGGAAGGUUGGGCUGACUUGUUCUUCCAGCUGGACUCUGGCUGCAAGGUGCCCGCCGUGCGACAGGCAGUCAGCAACGCGUCUGAGGUCUUCCGGGCCAUGCUGAGUGGAGGCUUCGCAGAGUCGUCCCACACCACUGUAACUCUCCACGACGUGUUGCCAGAACCUUUCCUGGCUGUGACCCAUUUCCUCCAUGGCUGUCGUGGCAAGCCCUGCCAGGUCUUGGGGAGGCCAUUCCCCCUCGCUUUAGCAGAAGAAAUCUUGGUGAUUGCUGAACAGUAUCUCCUCCCAGACCUCCAGGCCUUGGUGGAUGAGGCGUUGUGCCAAGACACUCUCUGCCCUGGGACUCUCGGGGAGGUGUACAGACUGGCCGAGCAGCAGAACCGGCCCCGUCUCCUUUGGAAUUGUGUGGUGUCUGUUUUCAUCCGGGAGGGGUUGACCCCCACUCACCGAGCUGCUGCCCUGGCAGAGCUGCUCCGAUCUGCUGCAGAUCCCAGCAAUUUAGCUGCCAAGCUGCUCGGUGUGGUGUUGGAGUCUCCAUGGGGCAGUGGCUCGGAGGGCCAGCUAAGCUGACCGAUGGGUCCCUCUGUCUCCUCUCUCCCAGUUCUUACACACAACUGAAGCACUGAUGCUGUUGUGUAUCGGGCAAGGGAGAGGACAGUUGGAGUGUUAAAUGAAUAAAUGGGAAGGUACUCGGAAAAGGGAAGUCUGGGUCAGUGGAUGGUUCUAUAGUGGUCAGGACAUUAGCCUAGCAGGGAGGAAGAUGUGGGACCAGGUACUGUUUGAUCAGUUGGGGAUGAGGCUGGGGGCAGAAAGAGAGGGGCCUGGUAUCAGAAAUAAAAUUUGCCUGCCAGCUGCUACACCACUCUUUCUUCAUCUCUGUAACUUUAAGAGGGGUGGUCUUCAACUCUCUGAAUUCUGGCUGGGAAAUUCUGGGAGUUGAAGUCCACCCCUCUUAAAGUCACAGAGGUUGAGAAAAACCUAGACUAGUGCUAGACUAACCAACAUAGGUAGAAGCCAUAAACUCUAUUCAGAGUUCUUCAUGAAUUCUUCCUGUCAGAAAGGGACUCCUGCUUUUUGAUUGGUCGAAACUCAAAGGAGGAGGAGUCUCGUUUUAACCAGGGGCCAGCUGUGAAAAGGGUCAGCUUUGAAUAUGUAGCCUAUGGGGCAAGCCUGUUCUGGUGGUACUUAGGUUAGGAAACGAAUCCCAGUCUCAGAAUUGGAGAUGUUUCUUCUUCACUGUACACAGGAAGGAGACAUCAAGAGCGGGUGAUUUUAGCAGAAGGAAACUGAGUCAGCAGGAGCCUCACAGGCACCUAAAGGAAGCUGCAGAGGUUGGGAUGUUGUCUCCUUCCAGAUGAGGCAAGAAAGCAGUUACCCCGAGAACUUGGUCUAUAAAAAGGGGGAAAGCCCCAAUUGUGCAGCUGGAACCAUAAAUGUAUAUGAACUGUUGUUGCGCAUAGAGAAAUACAGAGAAGCACGAAAUGCUCAGAACGGCUGUGUAACUUGCCCUUAUUUCCUCAACAGCACCUAAGGAAGACGGGGGCAGCUCUUCACAAUUCACAUUGGACACUCACUCUCGUGGAUAGCCUGCAAAAUCAAAAUUGAAAACUGGUCGAGAGACCCCGUUGUGCAAAUCUAUCGAAGAAUGUAUUUCAUUCCUCUCUUUCCUGUGGGAUGGAUACCGUGCUGCUGACUUUCGGCACAAAGUCCUCCGGGACACCCUGUCUCCGAUCUGCUGAGUAAGCCAAGAGAGAGCUGAUGGAAUUUGCCUACCCUCUUAAUGCCAGUUACGUCUCUUUGGAUUGAAUUGUGAGGCCUCUUGGCCUUGCUCCCACCCUCCCCUUCUUCGCCUUCCGAUGCUGAGAACAGGAAACGCCUGUUUCUAACUGCAUCCAGAUGGUGUCCAGCAUUGGAGAAGGGAGGGAGAAACCACUUCCUAAGAGCCUUGGUUUCUAUAGGCCACAUUUGUCUGGAAUGGGGCAGGAGAAGGAGUCCUAAUUUCCCCCCCCCUCUUUUUUUUUUUUUGAGGGUUAGGCUAUCAUCUGGCUAUUCCACUCCUUUUUCUUUUUUUGCCAUUCGUGGGCACAUCCGGCAACAGCCAAGAUAAGCAGUUUUCCCCCCACUGAGAUAAUGAGAGCGGAUAUUCUUACAUUAGCUACUUCUUUCCUUGCUUCUAAUGCAGCUUCAAUGUAAGUGAGAAAAUUCUCCUGCUUAGUAUCCCUGGGGCUUCGUAUUACGGAAGGCCAGAGGAGCCAGCCACCAGCGCUGGCAGCUGAUUUCUCACAGAGCUGUCAGUAUGGCACUGAAGCAAACCAGGUCAUAAAACUUCUUUGCUUCUGAACCUAUGUCCUUUGCCCAAAAUUGGGGUAGGUGCACGUCUCUGCUUUUGUAACUCUUGCCAGUCCACACCAAGAGUGCAUUCAGUCUUGCAUAAGCCCUUGCUAUAGCCAAAACGUGUCUUAUGUGAUCUCGCCAAAGACUUUAUAAAAUGAUCCCUUUGGAUUAGUUCUUACUCCCUGGAACAGUGUUUCUCAACUUUUGAGAUAUGUGGACUUCUGUCUCAGAAUUCCCCAGCUGGCAUGAUGGUUAGGAAAUUCUAGGAAUUGAAGUCCACACUAAUAGUCACCAAUAGUGGUGACUGUGAGAGGGAUCAUGGAAUCCUAGUGGACAACCAUUUAAAUACGAGCCAGCAGUGUGCUGCAGCUGCCAAAAAACCCAACACGGUUCUAGGCUGCAUAAACAAAGGGAUAAAAUCAAGAUCACAUGAAGUGUUAAUACCACUUUAUAAUGCUUUAGUAAGGCCACACUUGGAUGUAAAAAAUAUGUUGAGACUAGAAAGAGUGCAGAGAAGAGCAACGAAGACGAUUAGGGGACUUGAAGAUAAAACAUAAAGAACGGUUGCUGGAACUGGGUAUCUCUACUCUGAUGAAAAGAAGGACGAGGGGAGACAUGAUAGUAGUGUUCCAAUAUCUCAGGGGCUGCCACAAAGAAGAGGGAGUCAAGCUAUUCUCCAAAGCACCUGAAGGUAGAACAAGAAGCAAUGGGUGGAAACUAAUCAAGGAGAGAAGCAACUUAGAACUAAGGAGAAAUUUCCUGACAGAACAAUGAAUCAGUGGAACAACUUGCAUCCAGAAGUUGUAAAUGCUCCAACACUGGAAGUUUUUAAGAAGAGAUUAGAUAACAAUUUAUCUGAAGGUGUAGAGUUUCCUGCCUAAGCAGGGGGUUGGACUAGAAGACCUCCAAGGUCCCUUCCAACUAUGUUAUUCUAUUCUAUUUUUAUUCUACAUGUCUUAAAGUUGCUGAGGUUAAAAUAAAAACAGUGCACGAAGAUAUUUGGGAAGUUGUUAACAUGAUAUAGGUAGUCCUCAACUUAUGACCAUUUAGUGACUGAAGAUACAAUGGCACCGAAAAAAGUGACAACCGGCCCGAUCACCUGAACAAAAUUCAGAUGUUUGGGCAACUGGUAUGUAUUAAUACUGGUUGGAGCAUCCCAGAAUCACCUAAUUGCCAUUUGCAACCUUCCCAGCCAGGGAAACUGGAUUUGUUUAAUGAUCCUCUGAUUUGCUUAACAGUUUUUGCAAAAGAAAAAAAAAACCACAAUAACAAGAUUUGGGGAAAUCUAUUCGGAUUAAACUUUUCUUGAUUUAGGACCACAAUUGGAACCAGAUAAUUCUGUUGCUAAGUUGCCCAAUGGGGUAUGCCUGAUUUUACUGCCUUUUUUCCAUGGUCAUUAAGCGAAUCUGGUUCCCCCCCCCCUUGAGUUUGCUCCUGAGAAGCCAGCUGGAAAGUCCCAAAUGGCGAUCACAUGACCCCCAGAACCCUGCAACUAUUGCAGAUACAUCCUGGUUGCCAAGUGCCCAAGUUCUGAUCACGCGACCAUGAAGACGUUAAGUGGGAGAACCAGACAUAAGUCACUUUUUUCAGUGCUGUUGCAAUUUCAAACCAUUGCUAAACUAAUGGUUGUAAAUCAAGGAUUACCUGUACACUCCAAAGCCAAUACUGCAUAUUCAACAUGAGUUGUACCCAAAUGGGAGAAGGUAGCUUAGCUUUUCCAUCUAGCCACCUUCCAGAGGUCAGAAGACAGAAUCCAUCACAUCAAGUACAUGCCAGAGCUGCAACAGAAAAGUUGUUACAAAACCUCUACUUUCUCUUAGUAACUAGAGAUUAGGGUCUACAGCUGUGUCCUGAGAACUCUGAGCACACAAGCACACACAGACACAUCCUUAGGAGGAGAAGGCUGCGUAUCCUUGGCUUAGAAGACCUGGAAUAGGCCCCCCCCUUUUUUUUUUUUACCUCAGGGCUCUCGGCUAACUGCUGUUAGAUCUCACUGACAACAUUUUGUGCACUUGCCAUUUCUUGGUUUUCCUUUUUUACUUUCCGUGCACGUGUGUGUGUGUAUUACUGUUCAAUAGUGUCUGACUAUCUGAAGGUGCCUAGACUAAGUCCUGCAAAGUUUUUCCAUAUCCAAAGUUUUUCAUAUCGCAAGAUCUAAAAUGGACAGUUAACAUCAAAAACAUCAUUAAAAAAGGACAACAAAGACUGUUCUUUCUGCACCAACUCAGUAAGCUCAAACUGCCCAAAGAGCUGCUGAUUCAGUUCUGCAGAGGAAUUAUUGAGUCUGUCAUUUGCACCUCUAUAACUGUCUGGUUCGGUUCUCCAACCCAACAAGAAAGACACAGACUUCAGAGGAUAAUUAGAACUGCAGAAAAAACAAUUGCUACCAACCUGCCUUCCAUUGAGGGCCAGUAUACUGCACGAAUCAAGAAGAGGGCCGUGAAAAUAUUUAAAGAUCCCUCACGUCCUGGACAUAAACUGUUUCAACUCCUACCAUCAAAACAACACUAUAGAGCACUGCACACCAGAACAACUAGACACAAGAACAGUUUUUUUCCCGAAGGCCAUCACUUUGCUAAACAAUUUUCUCAACACUGUUGAACUAUUUACUAAAUCUAUACUACUAUUAAUCUUCUCAUCAUUUUUAUCACCAAUCUCUUUCCACUUAUGACUGUCUGACUGUAACUUUUUGUUGCUAUCAUUAAGGGUUAAAUUGUACCCUAUGACCAUCAUUUGUGUUGUAAAUGUACCUCGAUGAAUGUGUUUUUUUUUCUUUUUCUUUUAUGUACACUUAGAGCAUAUGCACCAAAACAAAUUCCUUAUGUGUCCAAUCACACUUGGCCAAUAAAUUCUAUUCUG